GUUUACAUGGCGUCGCUUACAUGGAGGGCCUUGAAACGCUUAUACGCGCUCUCUGGCUUGCGGGUUAGCAAAGUGACUGCGACCACCUCAAGUAUGCCACCAAAGGCGGUUUCUGAAGUUAUCUUUCACCUGAGAGACAUCAACCAAGCAAUGACAAAUGCUUGGGAAAAAGAAUUUGCGCCGUACUCUAAUACUGUUAAGGUAUACUAAAGUUCACAUUCUUUUAAAAAAAAUGCCAUACCGUAUUUAUUCGAUUAACCGCCCUGGGCGCUUAUUGAAGUUUUGGACCUUGAGAGUGGGCGCUUAUUCGAGGCUGGGCGCUUAUUAAAUUUUCACCAUUUUUAACAACAAAAUGCGAAGAUGUAACAAAGCAAGGUUUCUGCAAAACAUUCUGAAGAAAACUCCAUCUUCAGGAAGUCUCUUAUUAGUAAUUAUUCUUUUUGGGGGGGUGGGAAACGGGUUGAGCGCUUAUUUGAGUUUGAGUGGGAGUGGGAUGGAGGUGGGGUGGGGUGGGGGUGGGUGCUUAUUCGAGGCUGGGCGCCUAUUAACUUUAUCUGCCUUUAGGAUGGGCGCUCAUUCGAGGUGGGCGCUAAUUCGAGGUUGGGCGCUUAUUCGAAUAAAUACGGUAUUCUAAAAGGUGAUUAUUCAUUCAGAUAUUUCAUUUCUUUGUUUCUAAUUGGCUUAAAAUUCUGAUCUUAUAUAACCAGCUUGCGUUGACCAAAUUUGGAAAACGUUUGCGAUAUUAGCUGGUAAAAUGACAUCAAUGGUACAGGCUAUUGCCAGAAAAAUGGAGUUCAACUGAGAAGCCUUGGGGAGAAGGCUGAGGGCAGGUGAUUUUACAGGUCACAUUCCACAGGUCAGAAUACAGUUCACCGUGCUACAGAUGAUUAAACAAGAGCAGAAGUGCCUCCUAGCCCUAAUCCUUAUCCAAAUGUUGUUUUUGUAAGGUCGAGUGAUAGCUUGGUUGUUUUGGUGGAGUAGGAUCGGAGAAAAGGCAGAAAAGUUUGCACAUUUUGCAAAAAAAAAUAGCGGAACUUCUGCAUAAUGCAUCCGUCAAAUCCAUUGUUUUCCUUGGAUGGUAAAUUUCUGGGGGCUGGGACACUUGAGCUGCCAAAUGCCACGUGAUGGGGAUGAGAAACGAGGGAAAAUGCCCUGCCCUCAAUCCUCACUGCAGUGGUUUUCAUUGAUCGCACAGUCUAAUAAUGCCACGUUAAGCAUUUUUAAUGUGAAAUUUUUUUAUAAAUAGUUCGUAGGCAAAAAAAGUGCCAUAAAAUUAAAAUCAGUGCAUAAAGCUAUCUGUUCUAAAUAGUUUAAUAAUAUGAAAGGAGGGAUCAUACAUGAUCAUGACGUAUUAAAAUUAUCACCCCUAAAUUUUAUUCAAAUAAAAAAAAAACAUGGAUUCACAUUCGUCGAUAGCUCCCAAUUUCACAGUGUAAGUUCUGUCUUGAUAAACAAUGAAGCAAGUAUGUAUAAAAUCAAGAAAACAAGCAAACAUGCAAAACAGGCUUCAGGUACAAGUACUCAAUUUUAUUUUAUAUUUCUCUCAAUUUUCUGGACAUCAGUUUCAGUUAAGUACAUGGAUACUCAAUUUGUAAGUAUUAUUACUAGAAUUGGGUUAAAAUAUCACAUCAGUUGUGAAAAUAAAUUGAUUUGAGGACUGACAUUUUAUGACACCUUUUAAUAUAUCUUUAUGUUAACAUUAGGUGUCCUGUGGUGAUAUAUUUAAAGGAGCCCCUGCAGUGGAUGCCAUUGUGUCACCAGCAAACAGUUUUGGUUUCAUGGAUGGAGGUAUUGACAUGGUAGGAACAUUUGCAGAAACCUUGCUCCAUUGUCACAAAAAUGUGGGGAAAUGUCCUGGGGAAGGGGGAGUAGGCAACAAAUUUUUCUGAGGCUCCCCCUCAAGGUCCCUUUUGUAUAUCCUCUACUUACAAAUGGUAACCCCUUUCACCUACCUACAGUCAAACCUCCACUAACAGCCACCUCUCCACAAUCAGGCCGCUUUCUUCUGUCUCCAAGGUGACCAUUGUGGAGAGGUUUGAUUGUAGUUUGGAGCAAAAAAUGAUCCCUUUUAACUGCUGUAAACAAUGCACCUGCUUUUAAAUAUAAAUAAGGAAGUUUUCUUGUCUCUUUCACAACCAUAAAAUGCAUCUGACGGUUGGCCCUUUUUGGUCCUUUUAUUAUUAGGGGUUAUAUCUUGCUAUUUGCUAUAGAAAGCUAAAACAUGUCUUCACAUCAAUUAUUGAAUUCCAAAAAUUCUUUAUUCAGUUUUGUUAUUCCCAACUAUAUUUGGGCAUUGAAACUGUUUCCUGUCAUCUGCAGUUGCUGGCUGUUGAUGACAAGGAUAGACAUGGGUUGUCAAACUUGAAAAAAGUGGGUCACAUUUUUCAAAUUUUAAUGCAAAAGUUAGUGCAGCUAGUGCUCCCUGAUAGCAUGUUUUUGAUAUCUUAACCCUAUAGAUGCAUUUUGUGCAUAUGUAAAGGCACUAAAGGCGGGGGGGGGGGGCGUAUUCAACAAAUGUUUAUACUGGGAGGCUCCACUCCGAGGUCCAACCCCUUACCCUAGCCUUUUAUAUACCAUUUUUCACGAAAAAGGUACUGUCCCCUUCCGUAUACCUUGUAUUGACAAUGGUACCCCUUUCACAUACCAUGUUUAGAACUUUGCAUCCUUUUUAACUGCUGUAAAUGCACUGUCUUUUAAAUAGGAAUCAUUCACAAAAAUGAACCAAAUAAAGCCAUAAAAUUCAUCUGUUUGCCCUUUUGGACCCUUUCACAGACCCAAAUGACAGAUUUGCCUACCCUUUUAUAUAAUUCAACAAGUGAAAUACAUACCUUUUCAUAUACCUGAAGCCUAAAACAGAUACCCCUUUCAGGCGGAGCCUACCCGUAUAGGCCAUCAUAGGGAGUACCCCCGGUAAGGACUUCAAAACAGCAAUAUAUCUUCAUGACAAGGUCCAUUAAUGCUGGCUUAAACAUGUCCUUUUUCUAACCUUGUCUUCAUUAUGUAUUGAUUAAUUUUCUAAUAAUACUGUAGGUUUACAUCAAUCAUUUUGGUUGGCAAAUGCAGCACAGACUACAAGCAGUGAUAAGAGUGGACUAUGAUGGUGAAAUACCUGUGGGUCAAGCAGCAAUCAUAGAGACACUCCCUCCUGAUGACAGUGAUGAAAAUUUCAAAGAUCCACAAUUUAAUGAAGGGAAACUGAUAAAAUACCUUAUCAGCGCUCCAACCAUGAGAGUUCCAAUGGAUGUAAUUCAUAGCGUGAAUGCUUACUUAGCAUUCAGGGCUGUCAUAAGAGCUGGUUAGUAUGAACUCAAGAUGUGAUUCAGUACUUAUAGUUACUGUUCUAAAUAGUUUUUGGGCCUUUACAGAGGAAACAAUAUUAUUUGACUCUAUAGUCUUAACAAAUUAUUUUUUAUUGAGCUUAGUGAUAGUUAUUGUAUAAGGCUUGAAGCCUUAUACAAUAACAGUUUGGAUGGUGCACCUGUGGUUAAUCAAACUGUGAGUGACAGCAAGACUAUCACAGUCCAGAUCGGUAGAAUGGUUUCAAACCAGUUCAUGUUUUCUAGGGUUAUACUGCCAUAAUCCAAGAAAAACAAAAAUCCAACACCAGUUGAAAUCAUUUAACCUAAAAUCUCAUACCCAGAUCUCUCUCGACCAAGUGGACAGAGUGAGAUAUGGGUAUUAGUUCCAAAAUGGUCUUAUUUUUUUCUGUUCCCACUAUGUUUCAGUUAAAGAUCACAACAGAACAGUGGAAAAUCCUGAGGAUCAGAUCAACACUGUGCUUUGCCCUGGCCUAGGUACUGCAGUUGGUAGAAUGCCUACAAGGCGAGCUGCAUUCCAAAUGAGACAGGCCUUUGAAAUUUGUGCCUUGGGUAAAGAAGGUCCACUUACAAAUCCAGAUUGUCUCAGUGCUGUAUACAAUCAUCAUGAAGCCAUGUUAUGUUAUUGAUAACAUAAUAUUGGUCAACAUGUCAACUCAAAUAUCAACAAACAUCAGUCUGCAAUUAGACUUCAACUGCUGAUGGCAACCACGGUGUUUUUUUUGGAAAAAACCAAAUAAAUAUCAUACAGCAAUUAACAUGAUUGAUUAAGAGGUAUCGCCAAGUAUCAGUCUUUAGAAGCCGUUGUAAACUAUGGAAAUAGGUUAUUCCAGGUACUGGACAAUGAAUAGAAACUGAGAGCCACAGGGUCCCUACUUUGCUGGUCUCUGUUUAAGUAGUAUUCUCGUUGAGAUUUUCCAUUCUGCCAAGAUUUGUCAAGAUGCCGAGUGCUAGUCUAUAUCAGGGCCAUCUUUAAUAUCAGGAUAUUGGUACCCAACACUGGCAUUAAAUUUUGUUCUCAGACCAAACUUUUCAUCUGACUGAAUUUCCGACAACCGAAAUACUAUAUUCCCUCCAUUGGGCGGCAUAUUAUGGAUGUAUUCUCUAGAUAAGCUGUAUUAGUGACUGAAAUGUUCGCCUCAGGCAUUUUCUUAGAAGUCGGUAGGUCAAAAGUGGCAUUCGUUCAAGCGUAGCAUUUAUCACAGAGAUAUUUUGUUUUCCAUUUUCAAAACUUUAGUCUCAGUAGAUAAAUUAAUUAGGUGCACAGAAUUUCACUUCUGUAUCAUUUCGUCAACUCUCUAAACAGUCCUCUGGCACGGAGUUUUUGCGGUUCCGUGAUGAGAAAAACAGAGCCGGAGAGCAAAUGGGAAAUAAAGUGCUAAAAAUCGGCCACGAAUUUGUCCAAACUAUUCUUUAAAAUAUGCAUGAAAUUUGCCAAUAUCUCUUAAACUAUAGAAGACAAUGAGUUGGGACUUCACUAUUGUGUUUCUCUUAAAUCAUUCUUCUUAAUUCUUUAUUGUUUGGAUUAGUACUACGCAUGAAUAAAAGUCCAUUUUGUGUCGUCGUCAGUUGUGGCGUCAGAAACUGAUGAAAUUGGAGAAUUCAAAUUGGACAAGCUCUUCAAUUUUAUGUGCGCUAAAUUUCUGCAAACUAUCACAGUUUUAGAUUAAAUAUACUUAGCUUAUUGAGAGUGUUGAUUUUUUGAUUGGCCACUAGAGAGUCAGGUGACUAGUAACCAUAAUAGCG